GUUCACUCCGGAUUUACACCAGGGUCGGUGAGAUCAGAAUUUAGCCCUGAAUCCUUCAGAUUUCCAUCAGUGUCCACACUGGCAUCAACUUGUCUUGAAGAUCGGAGCGGCUGGGUACGUUGUCCUGCUGAUGACAGUCAUAGUGCUGAGUGUUUGGGUUUUUCAGGGCUCCUCGGGGAGUGGACGGGCCCCUGAAGGUGGGGCGGUCGCCGAAAGACCCAGAAAUGAAAGCAAAUGCGUCUCCAGCCUGGAGAAAUUGUCUUACCUGAAACAGCACCUGUGUGACCCACCCCAAAGCAGCUCAACAGAGGGCUCCAGGUGUGUAUUUUGCCCCAGGGACUGGCUGCCGUACAAGGGGAAAUGUUACUGGGUGUCUAAAGAAACUACAACGUGGAACAGCAGCCGUGAUGACUGCUUAACGAAGAGCUCUCGUUUAUUGGUGACCAAGGACCAGGAGGAGAUGGAUUACAUACAGACGAUCACAUCCGAGAAAAAUUCUGUUUGGAUCGGAUUAAAUUUUAAAUCUCCCGAGAGGACAUGGAUUUGGGUAGACGGCUCCCCCUUCAAUGAAAACCUGUUCCCCGGAGCAGGGAGACCCGGUGAAAGAAACUGCGGGGUGUUAAAAAGAAACCAGAUUGCGUCGGAAACCUGCAGCGCUGAAUUAAAAUGGAUUUGCCAGAAAGACGCGCUCCUGAUCUAA